AUGAUACGAUAUGCCCGGACUACUGCUAUCGGCUCGCAACUUUUCCGUCUCGCGGUUGCGCUCCCGCUCGCCCUGAUGGGACGUCGAGAUACCGCCGCCUCGCCAGCGCUGAAACACGAGCCCAUGACGAGCGAGGAGUAUUGGACGAAUUUGCUUGUAUCAGCUGUCCUCGUCCUCAUGGGCGGGGUUUUCGCCGGCCUCACUUUAGGCCUCAUGGGCCAGGACGAAGUCUACCUCAAGGUGCUCGCUACCCUGGGCGACAAACAGGAGCGACGCGAUCUGCGUAAGGUGCUCCGCCUCAUUGGCCGCGGCAAGCACUGGGUGCUUGUGACGCUUUUGCUUUCCAACGUGAUCACUAAUGAAACCCUCCCCAUUGUCCUUGACCGUGUCCUCGGCGGGGGCUGGCCCGCCGUGGUGGCGCUGACGGCGCUGAUCGUCGUGUUUGGCGAGAUUAUCCCCCAGCUGAUCUGUGUGCGCUAUGGCUUACAAGUGGGUGCCUUCUGUGCCCCGUUUGUGCUUAUGCUCAUGUACGUGAUGUACCCGAUUGCCUACCCCUGUGCCCUUCUUUUAGACUAUAUCCUCGGUGAGGAUCACGGUACCGUCUACAAGAAGCUGGGUCUUAAAACGCUUGUCACUCUCCAUCGCACCAUGGGUGUCGAACGGCUUAAUCAGGACGAAGUCACCAUCAUCUCCGCCGUUUUGGACUUAAAGGAGAAACCAGUGCUGGAAAUUAUGACGCCGAUGAACCGCGUGUUCACCAUGAGCUCAGAUACCGUGUUGGACCAGGCCACCGUCGAGGAAAUCUUUAAUGCCGGUUUUUCGCGAAUCCCUAUCCACUUGCCUAACGAACCGCUUAAUUUUGUCGGUAUGCUCCUAGUGAGGGUGCUCAUUUCCUACGACCCCGAAGAUGCGUUGCCAGUACUGCUGUUCCCCCUCGCUACGCUUCCGGAAACCGGUCUCACUACGCUGUGUCUUAAUAUCUUAAACUACUUCCAAGAGGGUAAGUCGCACAUGAUCGUGGUGUCGGAAAAGCCCGGCGAGCCCACCGGCGCCGUCGGUGUGUUAACGCUUGAAGAUGUCAUCGAAGAACUUAUUGGCGAAGAGAUUGUCGACGAACUGGACGUCUACAUCGAUAUCAACCGCAACAUCAAGCGCAAGCAUCCCGGUCCGUUGCUGAAGCGCAACUUGUCGUCGUACUUACACAUGUUGUACAAGACGCUGGCGGUUACCCUGAAGCGCAAUUCCAUCGACGGGGUGCUGUCGCCGCAGGCCACUCCUCAACCACCUCAGGAUGGCAUGUUUAUGCCACGCAACUUAGCCGCUCACCCGUUGGACGUUAACAAGCUGUUUGUCACCAUUAAGCGCCCUGGUGUGUUGCCGGGCCCUGCUGACGCCAAGCACGACCCUCAACACGAUGUGUUUGUGCUGGAAGACGGCGCUCUCGAACAAGCGGCGGAAAACACGCUUCAGAACCAUACUCCGGCCAACCAUAACGGCAGCCGGACUCUGAACGAGUACUACUGUGGUCAGGACCACGCCAGUGGCAACGGCAUCCCCAUCACCGGUAGUUCCAACUACAACCAAGAACAUACGGAGGCACGCCUGUAUCGCACUGGUGGCAUUGUUGAGCUGGUCGUGAACGUCGACGGUGUCCACAAGAUCAUCAUCGAGAACGUGUCGGAUAAUGAACCCGAAUUACCCCCCUCCGACGAGAUCCCAGCGUCGCCCGAAGUGACCCGGCAAGCGAAGCGUAAACUGAAGAAGAAGCGGCUGAAGAAGAAGAAGCUGAAAGCGGCAAAUGAAGAGGAAGUUCACGAAUUGUUGAACGAGUCCGGAGACAAUGGCGAUAACUGA